AUUUCUAGUUAUGGUAUCGGUCGUGAUAGCAUGGUCUAAUUCAAACGUACGACAAGCUUGUAUUGCUGCUGUCGUUUGUGGCCUAUGUAUAUUAUUCCUUAUUGGUAGCGUUUCAAUUACCAGAUCGUUGAUACUCACAGCAGCUGCAUGGCUUUCAGUAUUUUCCUUCUUCUCACUAAUAUCAACGGUUAUUUCAUUAUCAGUAACACAGAAGCCAUCAGUCAAUUAUACGUAUGGUUUUGCACGGGCACCUGUUCUUGCCGUCUUUGCUACUACCGUCCUUGCAAGUUUAGCAGCUAUAUUUUUGAUUAAAGAAAGUAUGGAGCAUAUUUUGGAGAAUGAUCACCAUCUUCAUCCAAAUGGCUUGUAUAUUUUUGGUGCGAUUGCAGCAUCCGUUUCAUUGGAAAUUGCCGCUUAUGGUGUCAAAAAUCAACCAAUACAACAUGUACUUACUGCAUCUAGUAGUUCUUCAUUACAGGAACAUUUUGCUGAUAUUUCCCAUGCAGUUUGUUACAUUUUGCCCGGUCUUAGUGUACUUCUAUUGCCCCGACUGAAUGCAUUAUCACUUUUGGCUCUUUUAACAACCGUAGCAUGUGUAAUUACACAUUGGUUUGUGUCGAAUUUAUGGUGGAUUGAUGCAGCUGCUACGUUGAUACUUUCAAUUUGUAUCUUUCUGACAAUGUGGCCACUGUCAAAAUAUACUGGUCGAAUCUUAUUGCAAACCACUCCAUCCCAUAUUCACAACCAAUUAGAUAGAUGCAUAUCAGAAGCAUCGACAAUCGAUGGAGUUCUCGAAUUACGACUAGCCCAUUUUUGGCAAUUAGAUUUUACAACAAUGGCUGGUACAGUGGAUGUUCGAGUACGUCGCGAUGCUGAUGAACAGUUGGUGCUAGUGUUGAUAACCGAAAAGCUUUCUGCUGUGAUCUCUAUAUUAACAGUGCAGAUUAUUAAGGAUGUAGUAACAAGUUGGCAAGCAACAUGUAAAACGCAUUCAGUACCUACCAUGCGACCUGUAUAG